UACUCUGGGUUUCGCAUGCCCUGUAAAGCUACAGUGAAAUUCACAGAACAGCAAAGGCAAAGGGUAAAAAAUGGCACCAAAAAUUCGUGCUCUCCUUCGUUCUUCUCUCCUCCGGCCUCUCCUCCUCAAUCAAACCCAAACCCUAAAACCCCAUACUCCUUCUCUCCAAAACGCUAAUCCCUUCUCCAGCCGCACUCUAACCCUCUCACCCCCAAAACCUUCUCUUUUCUCCAUCCCUUUCCUUUUCUCUUCAAGGGCCUUCUGUUCAUCCCCUAGUUCGUCCGAUAUAGUGCUGAUUGGGUCCGAACAAGGGCUUAAUGCUGCUCUCAGCAAGGUUCAGGAUGAGAAGUUGCCGGCGAUUUUCUACUUCACAGCAGCAUGGUGUGGACCUUGCAAGAUGUUAUCCCCUGUCAUUCAAGAGAGGAGCAAGAAAUUUCCACAUGUCACCACUUAUAAAAUUGACAUUGAUCAGGAGGGCCUUGGAAGCAUAUUGAGCAAGCUGCAAAUUUAUUCUGUGCCUACGCUUCACUUCUAUCAAGAUGGGAAAAAGGCUUCUGAAAUGAUAGGUGCUGAUGUUGCACGUCUUGACCGCACUAUGGAAAACCUUUACAAGAAGGAGUAAGCAGAUCAUAAUUUUGAAGAGUAGUUCCGACUGUACUAGUAAUGAAUUGUGUGCUUGUACUCGGACGGACUCAACAGCUCUUAGACAGGCAAGCUGGGUUAGUGGUGGUUACUUGUUAUCCUAUUUUCUUUACAAUCUGAUGAAAAUUGUUGUUUUAGCCUUUUGUAGAACCCAUUUUCUGAGAUAUACGCGGGAUAACUCCUUAAAUGUUCUUUUGGGAAUAAUUGUAGAACUAUACCAGAGAAUUAUCUUGAUGGAGGUACAUGAAAAUAUAUGGUUUUUGUUGUCUCGGGAAGCUAAGCCAUCUUGCUUUGUAAGGAUAAAUUUUGAACUUAAGUGCAUUGAUGGAAGCAUCAUCGCUA